AUGAAGCUACGCGUUUUAACGUUUAAUCUUUUCUUCGAUGAAGUGGCGCGCUCCUUGCGCAUGAGGGCAAUCGGUCGAUUAGUUGAACAUUUCCGCCCUGCCAUCAUCGGAUUUCAAGAGGUCACACGCGACGCAUUGACAAUGCUGAAGAAGCAACAAUGGGCCAAGUUUUACGACUGUAGCGUGGAUACGGCACCGCCAUUUCAAGAGACCUAUUUUGUGACUUUAUUCAGUGCAUUGCCCAUCAAAUCACUUGAGACGCACCCAUUUGCAAACACAGGUAUGGGUCGAGAAUUAGUCAUUAUGCAGGUUGAAGUCGUACCAGGAAAGACCCUUUUUGUGGCAACGGCCCAUUUAGAGAGUCUCCCGCAGUUUGCAGAACUCAGAGUUAACCAGUUAAAGGAGAGUCUGAACUUACUGCGAGAUCGAGUAAAUAAUGCUGAAAAUGAUGAGAGUAUCAUAAUUAGAGAAAAGAGAUGCAUUGAUAGAACUUCAAAUAGUGAUUGUUUGGGGGCAGUGUUCAUGGGGGAUACCAAUCUACUUAAAGCAGAUAUGAAGCUGCUUGACCAACGUCUCGCUGCGUUCGCUGAUGUGGAUGUCGAGCUGGCGAAAAGUACAAGAUCCAAGUGUCGGAUUUGUGGGGAUGCCAUUAAGAAAGAGAGCGUGCGUGUAGGUAAAAUGGUGAAAAGUACGGUGUCGGGGAGGAAAAUGCUGGAGAUUCGAGUGUGGUUUCAUGAUAGCUGCUUUUUAAAUGCGGCAUCAACGACGGAUGAUGAGAAAGAGUUGGUGAGACGAAAAGGAAAUCAUUUGCGGGGAAAAGAUCUAGAGCAAUGUGAUGAAGAAAUGGACAUGGCAACAUUGGGUCUGCCAUGCGGUUGGAAGGAUCUUUGGUUGUCUGUGCCUGGCAACACUGAGGAGAACGGGUAUACUUUUGAUGGCACACGCAAUUCUUUGGUGACAAGUCGCGCGUUUCGUAGCCGGUUGGAUCGAAUAUAUUUUUACCCAGCGCCGAACGACGCAACACAAAUGUGUGAAUUUAACGAGAUUGUAGUCGUAGGACAGCAAAAAAUCGCCGACGGUCUAUGGCCAUCGGAUCAUUUCGGAUUGCUCAGCACGUUUACUCUUCAUGAAGAUCAAAACGUUAAUGCAGCUAUUGAGAUCAUGGACCAAUGGGCGUAUCUUUUGUCCGAAAUGAUCGAAUAUCAACCUGCGUUUGAGAAAAAAUCUGGUGCUGCUCAAUCUUCAGCCUCACGAAGAAAAGUCAUAAAAAUUACUGCUUGA